CAAGGACCACCUGAGGGCAGAUGGGAGGGGAAGGGGACCCUGAGGGCCUCACUCGGCGCUGCCGGCAGGUGGACAGAACCGAGGUGGUCCGGAGCAGCCUGGACCUGGUGUUCUCCAAGGCCUUCACGCUCGGCUACUGCUUUGAGGAGGUGCAGAAGCUGCGCUCUGAGGUCUAUGACGCCCACGGGCCCAGCAGCCUGAGCUGUCGGGGUGACAACUUCCUGGGGGGCGUGGAGUGCACCUUGGGGCAGGUCACAUGUGUGCUGACCGAAGGGACCCUGGCAUUCUCCCUCAUCUCUGAACCUGUUUUCUCACCUGACCAUGAGCGGUGGGAGGGCCCAUGAGGCAAGGAGGUGAGGGUGCCUGGCAGAGGGAGAGAGGACAGAGG